GGUGAUAAGUGUAGUUAGCACUCUAACUCGUACCCUCCUACUUAUUGUUGGAUUUCUGAAAAGAAAAAAGACAGAAUUUUGUUUAGAAAUUCACGUACUUUCUUUUUGAAACUACAUUAUUAACCCUGUAUCCUUUGAUCGAUCAGCCCUAUAUAAAUGAUAUAUAUGAUGAUUUAAUCAUCAUCCCAAUCAAACUAAGAAACCAAAUUCCGUUUAAGACAUGAACAUUCGCAAAACCAGCGCCGGCCGCGUAUUCGUACUCUUCAUCGUCUUCCUCCUGUUGUCGACGGAGACGAUUCCGAUGGCUAGCGCCGCCACGGUGAGCGUCAUUGUGCACAACAACGUGACGUACACGAGCCGGCCUCUGCUGGUCCACUGCUGGUCCAGCGACGACGACGUCGGAGGAAAAUACGUUUCCUUCGGCGUCGAGUACACCUUCGACUUCGAGCCCGUAUUGACAGGUGAUAAAAAGACCAAGUAUUGGUGCAACCUGGAACCGGAUGCCAGCUGGCAGGCGUACUUCGUGGCAUGGGAACACGGUUACGGCGGCGGCGAUGGCAUUGCCCCGUAUUAUUGGUACGCCGGAGACGACGCCGUUCACGGAAGGAAAGAUAGCGCCACCUGCGACGAUUCAUAUACUUGGGAGUGGAAACAUAAGUAAUAAUCACUCUCUACUCUAUCGUCAUAUCAUGUGUUUUAAAUUUUAAGUUAUUGCGUACGCGCGUCUAAUCGCAUAUUUCAGCUCUUAAUAAUAAAUAAAAUAUUUAAAUAUGAUCAAAUAGUCGUCAUGCCUUUUAUUUUUUUUACUCUACUCUAUCGUCAUAACAUUGUAAUUAGAUAACGAUCGACGAUCAAUCGAAUUAAUCACCAACCUUGCACCAUUAAUCCACGUUCUUCGCAGAGCUAAUCAUGUAAUUAGGUCCUUUCAUUUUGUUGUUAUUCGUAGAGGCAAAGAUUCCCAUGGAUGGAGCAUCUUUUAAACCACGAAACGACAUAGAAGAUACAUAUUGGUUGAGAUAUAGGUGACGGAGUGAUUAAAAACAGCUAAUCUUGAUAUAAUAUAAUCUCAUUGAUCUUAAUUAUCCCCAACCAGUUUAAUUAAUUACCUAGCUUGUGGUUGUAUUCAACCCAAUAUACCAAAGGUUUGCCGUUUAGAAAUGGCAACACCCGUACGUAACUGAAACACAAAUUAUCCUUGUUCUCAUUCGAUAUCAAGAGCCCGAAUUCAUAGCGUAACAAAUGCUUUGUAUAUGUUACUAAAAUUCGAAUUAAACUAUGUACGCAGUGCGUUUAAUAAUUUGCAUAGAGAAUAUAGGAAACACAACUGAAUCGAACGAUUGAUGAAAUAGAUAAGAGGGCAUUCAGUAUAAUGCUAGUUCAUACAUUAUUUUAUUUUAUUAAAUUCUAACGACUACAUUACUCAAACUUGUAAAUAAUGAACCAAAAAACAU